AAAAGGUUGAUGUUGGGGAGAUUCAACAUUUUUUGUUCAACCUGUCCCAUGAAUUUUGGUACUACAGAGAAGGCUGAGAAUCCAAUCUAAAUGUAUAAUCUUUGGCACAGAGAAGCACCAGCGAAAAUGUAAUCACAAAUUUCAAACUGCUUGGUAAUGACAAAUGUUCAACCCAGAACCAGAUUUAGUUCAGUUGAUCAUCCCCACACAAGCCUCAGAUUUUAACACUCUUGGAACAGAAACCUGAAGCACAUAGUUUAACUCUACAACAUCUUCAUACUACUACUUAUUUUCAAGCAUUGAGGCUGAAACGGAAAUAAACCGGGCAAAUCUAAUAGGACGGUACUAUGACUGCGGAUCGAUGUAUAUACGUUGGAAACAUUCAUCCCAAAAUAACAACUGAUAUCUUGUAUGAACUUUUUCUUCAGGCUGGACCUUUGGAGGAUGUUACCGUUAAGGACACAUUCGCCUUCGUAACGUUUGAGGAUGAAGAGUCUGUCCCAUAUGCUUGCUCACUUUUUGAAGGGAUCACAUUAUAUGGCACGGAACUGAAAAUCCGUCCAAGACAAAACUCCAAGUUUCAGGAUCUAAAAAUACGUUCUGUUCCACCUUCUGCCUACCAGUAUUCCAGGCCUCGAAUCGACCCUUCAUAUUCAGCACCGCCUUACCAAAGUCAUUUUAAUGGGAGUACGGACUAUGUUCAUCAUACCAGCCACCGUCGUGAUCCAUUUUCAAGUUUUACUCCACCUGCGGGUAACCGACAUUUGGUUCAUGAAAUGGGGUAUAACUAUUACCCACGAUAUGAACACAACCUACACCCUUUACCAUCAUAUGAUCUUCCUCCUUAUGGUUGGCAACAUGGUCCCCCAGCCUUUAUUGAAAACCGUCCGUCUGGAAGAAGGCGGUCUGAUGAAUACAGUAGACACAUGGGCUCCACACCGACUGCUAGUCGUAGAGAACGUAGUCCCUACUCUCGUCACAGCAGUUUCAGACCUGAGAGUUCUUAUAAUCAUCGGUACGGAUAGCGCCAAGGUUUUUCACCAAUUUCAAAAGUUUAUGGACUCAUUCCCCAUUUUGUAUUUUUAUCAAUAAAAUGUCCAAACAACUUGUGUUUUGUCCGAUAUUUCUGAUAAGGAUUUAAUCCGACCGGGGAUAAAAAACAUCAAACAUGUCUUGGUUGUAACUUCUGGGAAGGGGGGUGUCGGGAAAUCCACGGUUGCUGCUCAAGUCGCCAUUAACCUAUGGAAUAGUGGUUUCUGUGCUGGUAUUCUUGAUAUUGACUUUUGUGGACCGUCUAUACCUCGUAUACUUGGUUUGGAAAACAACAAAAUCCAUUCAUGUGCUGAAGGCUGGCUACCUGUCUAUGCUGACGGACACACCAAACGCUUUCCCGUGAUAUCAAUCGGGUUUCUGUUAGAUAAUCCUGAUUCUGCAGUUAUUUGGCGUGGACCACGCAAAAGUAGCAUGGUGGGUGAAUUUUUGAAUUCAGUUUGUUGGGGAGAGCUCGAUUAUCUGGUCAUUGAUACUCCUCCUGGAACAUCAGAUGAACAUAUAACUGUUUUCGAACACCUACAGAAGUCCACAUCUGAUGUAGAUGUAGGAAUUAUUGUUGUUUCAACUCCACAGGUGAACUAACUUUUGUUCUCAAUAAAUUAUCAUUGGUAAUAUUUUUUAAACUUUUAAUUUCUCAUUUCUAUUCGUUAUUUUCAAACUACCUAUUGUCCAAUAAAUGGACAAAGUAAGUUCAUAAAAACGUGAUUUGACAAAUUCAGAGUUCAUCAAACUUAUCUUUUACUGCAUACUCCCAUUCCUGUCAAUACACUUGUCCUGUCUGGGUUUAUAUUGCUCAAUAUAUUCCUCGAGGUCCCUAAAAAUCAAUCGGUUUAGGUGCUUCUAUGGUUUACGUUUUGAUGGAGUCAUCCGUUCAGUAAGUCGGCGAAUGAAAAGAAUUAAAAAUUCUACACAUUCAAAGUUUACAUCAACAUGGAAUGUUGACGGUCAGUCCGAUUGUGCAUAAUCCUUGCUUUCACUAAAAUGCUUGACCGAUUUGAAAUGUAUUAGUUCUUUCAGUCCAUUUCUUGCGCAAUAACCCUCAACACGUCAUAAAUUUCUCGAUACUUACGAAGUUUCACUAAAAGCUCAAUAGAUCAGUGCGUACUUUCAGUUGGUGUCAGACAGUUGCGAAAAAUCCCGUUCAAAAUAUACGUACUUUUACUGUGUCACUGCUAUCGUCAUGGUUUUGACUUUCUUUGUUUCUAUUUUUCGUUGCCUUGACGUGGAUUUUAGUACUCAAACCGAUAACUACAUAUCCUAGGACUUGCUUUAUCUGAGCACAGUUGAAGUAGACUAUCGCUAUUAUCUUUUCACUAAGCCGGGAUACUAAAAUACCCACCUAAAUGUCUUUCUGCUUGGUUUAAACUACCUACUUGGGCUUUAAAGUCACCUGCUACGCGUAGUUUGUCUGGGCGUAUAGCUUUAUAAAGAAGUUCAGAGAGCUUUCUGUAAAACUCAUCUUUCACUUCAUCCGGGCUGCACUCAGUGGGAGCAUAGGCAAAAACGACGAAAAGGUAACCACGUGUGUCCCUAACCUCCUGAGUUCUUACGGAGCCGUUUAGCCGAACAACACAUAGGCGACUGUUAACGGGGAUCCAUUUUAAUAGUGCCUGUUGUGCCCUCGUACUUAGUGCUAUGCCUGCACCCACCAGUCCACGAGAACUAUCCAUCGGGUCUCCAGAUAUACAGAGGGUGUAUCUCGUCGGUCCGUAAGGUCAACUGAAUGAGCACACUAUUACCCUGUAUGCGUGUUUCGAAGACAUGGCAUGCGUCAGUGGUACGAAAUUCCAGGGUUUUAGCCAAGGAGGCCUGCUGGCCGAUUCGACACAGGGUGUGUACGUUGAAGGCUCCAAUGUGUAGUUUGAAGCGAGGUUUCACUAGACUUUGUACAGUGUUUUGCGCACUAGAAUCGUUUUCUAUGGUGAUACUUGAUGAGGAAGCCAAAAAAGGAAGUUUUUUGGUAUUGAAAGUCGAUGUAGGAGGAAUAAUAGGGAUUGAAGAUGGAGAUUGAUUAUGAAUACAGUGAUCUUAAGUACUGUUAAAGGUAUGAGGGGAGUUAUCACUUCCCGGUUUCCCACACCAUGGAAGGGCUUUUCUGGAUGUACCUGAAAAUGAAAUUGGAUUAGAGCUGGUUUUAGUGACCUGAGAGCAUAACCGCAGUGCCCAAGGGACAACUGCCUGAGGUCGGUCACACACAACCACUUUUGUGUUAGCUCCAUACUUGUUGAGAUCUUAUCACCGGAGACGGAUAUCUGUGGGAUAAGGCGAGGUGUGUAAUUUUACGGUCGACCAUUUCUAAAUUCACCCUUCCUUUAUGGGAAGGCAGCAUCGCUGUUAUGCUGGUUUUCUGAGGGAAACACUUUACUGCCGUCACACCUCUGUACAGUCAGCAGUACGACUUCGCUUUCGAACCUUGGGCUUGCUGCCUUUAGUCUUACUGUUCUUCAACCGACCUGUCUGGUAUGGUAGGACCUUGAGGAACGAUCGUUCCAACCAGUAUAGCUCGAUUGGUUCAUCACGAUAGGCAAGCCCGACCACCAUGUCAAGGUAGCAGUAACGGUCGGGAUGAUAAUGUGAUAUGAUUACUAUAGAAGAUAGUUAAGUAUAUAUUAUCACACUAGAUGAUUUAAUUCUCUCAGAAUAUUUAACAACCAGUAUACUAAUUGUUAUUCGCUAUUAUAUGAUCAUACGAUUAUUUUCCUGUACAAAAACAGGAUUCUCAGAAUAUCAUAAAUUCACUUUAUUUCAAGAUAUACUGUCACUUUCAAGCAGCCUAGUUACGAGUAGCAUUAUGUUUACAAACGUUUAAUAUAACGUACUUAGUGAAGUUGAAAUAAAUUUUGGAAACUGGACAGAAAAUUGUAAGACGUGAACAACAAAAAAUAUGCACACUGGUUUAAAAGUAAUGUGUAUGUUUAUUUUGAGGAGUCAAAUAAAACAUGAAGCGAAUUUUUUAUUACUAUCAUUUAUAAUUGAGAGUCAAUUAAAAUAGACAAAUAAUUGAUUGCAUUACCAGCUAUCGUGAUUGAGACAAAAUAGACUUAUUAUGUAAACGUCAGCAGUUAUGGGUAGAAUAAAAUUGAGUAAUUCUUCUAUUUUAGAGAGUAUCCUUGUGCGAUGUAAGUCGGGAGCUUGGAUUUUGUAUGAAGACAAAUAUGAAAGUAAUUGGUUUAAUUGAAAAUAUGGGUGGAUACAAAUGUCCCAAUUGUGCUCAGUGUACGAACGUGUUUUCAUACGGAGGUGCUGAAGCAUUGGCUGUUGAGAAAAAUGUUCGAUUUUUGGGUAUGUAUAAUAAUAGUAUAAAUUUAUGUCUGAUUGCACCUUACUAUUUGAUAUAAUCAUUAUCAGACACAAAUAAAUGUUAAUUUAAGAAAGCCAAACAACUAUUUUAAAAUAUCAGAAAGGGGUUUUCUAGAUAUUAUAGUAAUUUAAUAGUUGAGAUCAAGAAUCAAUUGAAGCUAGACCACCAUGGAAAACCUGGAAGCACUGGACGACCGUUUCGUCCUGUUGUGGGACUCCUCAACAAUGCGCACCCACGAUCCGCCCCGCGGGAUUCGAACCCAGGACCUACCGGUCUCGCGCGCGAACGCCUAGCCCCUAGUGAGAAGCAGUGACCAGUGGAGUUCAAUUGGGUCUGUUGUGCGAUAGUAACUCGCUGAAGACAAUGGUGGACAUGUGGCUCAAUUUCGUGGAUUGGUUGAAGUUAGACACUAACACCAUUGGAUGCCGGCUCAGUGGUCUGGAGGUUCGCGUGAGACCGAUAGGUCCUGUGUUCAAAUCCCGCGGGGCGGGAUCGUGGAUGCGCACUGCUUAGGAAUCCCAUAGUAUUUUAAAAUACUAUAGAUUCCCAUUGUAAAAGCAAACAACAUAUAUAAAUGAACAAUAUUGUUUCGUUAGAUCGUCAUCAGACUUUUCUCUAAUAUACACGAGUAUUUUUAUGAAAAUAUUAAACCAAUCAAGUGAAUUCGUUAGUCAAUGAUCACAGUGAAAUAGAUUGUAUAAUUACACAUAAUAGAUAAAAAUAUGAAUGGAUAACAAGAAUAUAGGUGUGAUAGUAAUAAGGAUAAUAAAAUUACUAGUAAGUUGUUCAACAUGGAAAGUAGAUCAAACUUGGAUAGAUAGACUUUAAAGUAAUAAUCACAAAGUAUUAUCAAAGUUACGCAAUAAGAAGUGUGUAAAUAAUUAGAUAAUGAAGAAUAUAAACAGAAGGGAAUAAUGAUAAACAAAUAUGGGGUGUGAAAGAAAUUAACGAAAUCAUCUAUUAAUUCAUAUCCAACCAAGGGAGGGACAGGGGGUAUCUUGAAUUUCUAAACACAAAGUAGGAUUUUGAGUGCGGAUCCCUUUAGCUUCUGAUAUAUGUAGGAGGCGGGAUCGAACUCCACUUAGAAAUAACGAAGGCACACUACAGAUCAUUCGAAAUGACUUGUUUUUAUCUAACAUAUGAUCAUUGUCAACCAGACGUAUCAAGGAAGAGCUGCGUAUGGUCUUUUUUACCCUUUCUAAACCAAACUUGGAGCUGUCCAAUCAAGUAUUUAGUAGAUUUUUAAAACAAUAACUAAACAACACAUGCUAUCUUGUUCUUCUCCAAGUAUCUGCAACAUUCUCCAAGCAAUUUGCUUGUCUGCUGAAAAUCUUCCAAUCAGAGUUUAUAUAUUCAUUGCAGAUCAUGCUUAAAAUAUUUACGCAGUAUAAUACAUGUAGGCGAUAAACAGGUAGGGAUUUUCAAUAACUGUUCAUCACGUUUGAACUCUCUGCUUGAAGAGUUCGCAUAAUCUUCCCCUUGUUGAUUGAUGUCCCAUAUAUUUUAUGUGUCCACUGUAGUAUAAUAUAUUUAAGAAAUUCUUUUACAUUUUGAUUUUUUUCAUAGGUCGACUGCCUUUUGAUCCCGCACUAACUGUCGCUUGUGAUCGUGCGGGAGAUUUCCAAUCAAAGAUUUACACCAGUGAAAAUACAAAACUUUUGACUGAAAAAAUACUUUCGGUAUUAUCUGUUUGAGUUCCGUUGUAAAUAUCAGAAAGUGUACAGUAUGUGCUUGUUUUUUUCUCGCUUCACUUGAUCAUUAUAAUUGAAGAAAGGAAUAAUAGUCGUACAGCACACUAUUUCCGAUUUCUUAGCAAGUUUUAUUUAACAUGACAAAUAUUAAGCAAUCUUUCGUCCCAAUACCAACCGAACAAGUCCCGUCUAUCAUGGCUUUUGUGUUUCAUUUAUGUUGAGUUGUGCGAGUAAUUCAGCGUACAAGGAUUGUGUAUUUCUUCUGUGAUUGUUUUAGUUUGAAUAGAUUUUUUGACCGUAUUAUGAUUUAGUGAAUUCACACUAUGAUUUACACAUGUGAACUGAUAUUGUAUGUCUGUUAUCGUUUUUAUUACAUCGAAUAUAACUCUGUAAUUCAAUUGAAUGUUUGCUGCAUACGGAAAUCCUCAUACUUAUGAUUGAUAAUUACUAGGAGCCAAAGUAGUAUUUUGACUAUUUGAGAUGACACACAUAUAUUCGGGUAAAAUUCGCGAGCAGUUAAUGUGAAAAUUAUACACUUGUAAAAUAAGUCACUACUUACACCUUUUACCCCUAGUGCAGGACCACAGGUCUCUCACCAGGAUUCUUCAUUACACUGUCCUGGACAAUCCUUUCCUGUUGUUAUUCAUUCCUUCGAUGUCUGCUUCCAAUUCUCAACGCAAUAUGUUCUUUGUUCUUCCUCUUUGCUGUCUCCCUUCAGGAUUCCAAGUUAGGGCUUGACUUGUGAUUCAGUUUGAUGAUUUCCUCAAUGUAUAUCCUAUCCAAUGUUUGUUCUCUGUCAUAGUAAGUUCUUGCUAAUAGUAUCCGACCAAUGGACAUUUAGUAUCUUGUGUAGACAAUUGUUUACAAAUACUUGUUAUGUUUUGAUUGUGGUUGUGGUAGCUUUGCAAGCUUCAGUUCCGUGCAACAGAAAUGUCUUGACGUUCGCAUUUAAUAUUCUGGUUUUGAUACUGGUUGACAGUUUUUUUAGUCCUACAUGUUCUCAAAGUAUGGGAAUGAUUCUCUUUGCCACUCUUGCCUUUAUGUCUACAUCGGAUCCUCCUCGUUCACCGAUGAUACUGUCCAAGUAUGUGAAAGCUUCCACCACUUGCAGAACUUUUCCAUCAAGUCUGAUUGAGUUGUUCUUUGUGUUGUAUUUGAGAAUCUUAGUUUUUCUCUUGUGCUUGUUGGUGCUUACUACUGCAGAGGCUGCUGCUACACUGGUUGUCUUGACCUGCAUUUGUUGGUGUGUAUGGGAUGGAAGAGCUAGAUCAUCUGCGAAACCCAGGUCGUCUAGUUGGAUUCAAACUGCGUAUCGUAUUCCGUGCUCCCUCUCAGAUGUGUAGGUCUUCAUAAUCCAGUCAACCACCAGAAGAAAGAAAGGGCGAGAACAAGCAGCCUUGUAUUACACCGGUCUUCACUUGGAUUUAAUUUCUUAGUUGUCCUUCGUGCACGACUUUGCAAUAUAGUCCAUCAUAUAAAUUCUGCACGAUGAUGACGGUCUCAGGUUCCAUAAGGUUCUCUUAUCCACGCUGUCGAACGCCUCAUAGUCAAGGACGUUGAUGUAUAGUGACGAGGUCUGUUCAAUUGAUUGUUCAACGAUAAUCCGUAGUUCCUCGAUUUUGUCUCCGCACGACCGAUCCUUACGGAAUCCAGCCUGUUGAUCGCGAAGUUGGGCGUCUGGUGAAUCUUUCAUCCGCUUCAACAACACUGUUAAAAACUUUUCCUGGUACUGACAGUAAUGUGAUGCCUUUGUAUUUCUCACACUUGCUGAGAUCUUUUUCUGGUAUCUCGACGAGGUGUCCUUCUUUCCAGACUGUCGGCACUUGUGAUUCCUUCCAAAUCUCUGAGUAGAACGUAGAGCAUCCUUGCGGUUACUUCUAUAUGUGACUUCAGCGCCACAGUCAGUUGGUAACAACGUAGAACUUCGUACGUACGUACAUCAGUUCGAGUUGCCAUACCACAUUAAUACAGAGAUACAAUUGUCGAUUCAGAUCCCAUUGUGGUAGAGGUGGUAAGAGUAUAAGCAGUAAUCGGAAAGAUUAGGGUUUGGAGUAUAAUACAGUGAAAUAAAUUUGGAAAGACAAAAAAAGGGACAUGAAGAAUUCAGAAGAUUAGAAUUUGGGAGAACACAGGGUGGAUGUACCUGCAUCAUUGCAAACGAUUUCGAGCCAUGUUAUUCAAGGUCUCUAACCGUCUGUUGUUAUCAUCUCGCGGAUCCCAAACAGGUAGUUUACACUUACUAACAUGGCUCAGUCCGCUUAUCAGUGACUUCAUGGAUUUGUGCCAUGUUUCGGUAUGGUUGCCCCUACCUUUUUCCAACCUACUCCUACACCAUAAAACAUCCUGAAAGCCCUAUAUACAAACACCUCAGGCAGAGUGAGGGCAUACAACCACCUCUCUCCAUUGUUCCAUUCGAGCAGUGGGGUUAGACAGGGUUGCCCAAUCUCACCAUUCCUCUUCAACUUGGCCAUCGACGACAUUCUGGAAACAGAUCUGAUGGAUGUAAGCAAUAGAGGUGUGGAUCUGUUGCCUGGAGAAAGACUUCUCGACCUUGAGUAUUCGCAUGAUAUUGUCUUACUGUGCGAUAAUGCCCAAGGCAUGAAAUCCGCACUUAAUCAGUU